AUGCCACUCACAGGCGCCCGACUGCUCGUGGCAGCCGCUCUACUCUUCCCCAGCGUCUCACCCUCACCAAUUUUUGACGCCGGUCAAAAAGUUCUCGAUGCGCUCACAGGGACGCGCGACUCUACAGCAACACCACAUAUCCAACAACCAGGUCGCAAGCUAAAUGGGAAAUUUCUGCACAUAACAGAUUUCCACCCCGAUGAAUAUUACAAAGCGCAUUCGUCUACAGCCGAAGGCAUCGCCUGCCACCGUGGAAAAGGCCCAGCUGGAUUAUAUGGCGCCGAGACUACUGAUUGCGACUCGCCCAUGGAGCUUAUCGACGCGACAUUGGACUGGGUACGAAAGCAUGUAAAAGACGACAUCGAUUUUGUUGUAUGGACAGGCGAUACAGCGCGACACGACAGCGAUGAGAAAUUACCACGAAGUGCCACCCAUGUUUUGGACAUGAACAGGAAAGUCGCCAAAAAGGUCGUCAAAGCAUUUUCAGAUGAUGGAGCUCUGACCAUCCCCGUCAUACCGACCUUUGGCAACAAUGACUUCACACCACACAACAUCUUCUAUCCUGGGCCGAAUAAGUGGCUGCAGGCCUAUAGCAACAUAUGGCGUCGGUUUAUACCCGAAGAGCAGCGCCACUCUUUCGCCUUUGGCGGAUGGUUUGAGAUUGAGGUUAUUCCCAACCAGUUGUCCGUCAUCAGCCUCAACACCAUGUACUUCUUUGAUAGAAAUGCUGGUGUUGAUGGAUGUGCCAUUCCCUCGGAGCCUGGUUUCAAGCACAUGGAGUGGCUGAGCGUUCAGCUGCAACGGUUGCGCGAACGUGGGAUGAAGGCCAUUUUGAUUGGCCACGUUCCUCCUGCUCGAACUCAGAAUAAGCAGAAUUGGGACGAGACUUGCUGGCAGAAGUACACACUGUGGCUGAAGCAAUUUCGCGAUGUUGUCACUGGUUCAGUUUAUGGACACAUGAACAUUGACCACUUUCUGUUUCAAGAUACCAAGGAAAUCGACCUGAGUCUCUAUGACCAGUCUGGCGCGUCCCGACAAACCAUGGAUGACGACUUCUCUGUCGAAUCAAAGAGUGAUUACCUGAUCGAGCUCAGAAAGUCCUGGUCUAGCCUACCUGGCGCAGCCGCAAAGACACUGGAAGAGGAUCUUAAUGAUAACGAAGAUGAAGAUGAAGACGACGACGACGACAACGACGCUAACGCGCAAGACGACGAUGUGGACGACUUGAGAAAUAGAAAGAAGAAGGGAAGAAAGGGUAGAAAGAAGAAAGGACACAACAAGAUCGGAGGCAAAUUUGGCGAACGAUACCAAGUCUCUCUUGUCAGCCCCAGUGUUGUCCCCAACUAUCUGCCGACAAUCCGCGUUGUCGAGUAUAACAUCAGCGGCCUGGAAGAUGCUCCAGUGUGGACCGAUUCAUUCGACAUCAAUCCAGAAGCAUCAGAAGAACUCCCUGCCAUGUUUGUAGGACAAGACGAAGAAACCCACCAAGACCUCAAACGAGAUGUUGAAGCUGAGCGAAGAAGGAGAAAGCACAACACCAAGAACAGAAAGGGCAAGAAAGGUAGGAAGGGGAGGAAGGGCAAAAAGAAGCCUAAGAACCCCGAGCUCGUGGUACCCGAGGAUCCUCCCAAGGGAUCUCUUCCUGGACCAGCGUACUCUCCCCAGACCUUCACCUUUAUGGGAUAUACACAAUACAUUGCCAACCUCACCUACAUCAACAACGAUAUCAGAGAUUUGGAAGGGACAAAAAAGUGGCGAGAUGGUGACUUUAGUGAUGAAGUACCGAGCCACGACAAGCCAAGGCCCAAGAAGUUCCACUAUGAUGUUGAAUACAGCACGUUUACCGACAAGAUUUUCAACCUGCCUGACUUGACAGUCCGAAGCUAUUUGAAGCUGGCGACUAGGAUCGCCAAGAGAAAGGCUAAGAAGGGCAAGGGCAAGUCAGUUGAAGAGUACAACGAGGACUUUGAGGAUGAUUCGGACGACGAUGAAGAAGAUGAUCUUGAUACCGAGUUUCCAGAGUAUGAUGACGAAGACGCCGAGUCCGAUCUUAGAAGCGCUAGAAAGGGCAAGAAGGGAAAGCACAAACGGAAGAAGACCAACAAGGUCUGGAAGCACUUCCUUCAAGAGGCUUUUGUCAACACAGUUCCUGAGAAACAGCUCAAGAAGUGGUCACGGAGAUGA